CUGCACAGGCGCACGGAGAUGACUCGAACACUUCGUGCACGUCUCAUCAGUUCCUGUGCGCGCGGCUAAUGGCUGUUGUGGCUGCUGCUCCACGCCGCGUUUUAUUCCCAGGACGCGCGGAUACACGCGUAAAAUCCUGCGCUCGGAAAGGCUGCAUCAUAGUAAAGACGUCACCCCCCGAGCUCGGGUUGGUCCGAGCCGAGGAAGUGCGCAGCUCCACCACAAGCCUCCAGCAGCACCAUGCCCGUGGAGAACGUGGGGAUUUCUCUGACACAUCCUCGCGUGGACACGAUCUGUGCGUCAGAGCCGCAGCAGAACCAGCCCUUAAAUUGUUCCGCGUCCAAAUAAUAUUCAUAUUAAUAAACAGAGAAGGGAGGACUCGAUCGCACCGCGGGCUCAUUCUGUCGCAGCAAACGGGACGUGGACUUCAAGUAAGAUGGAAGAAGCAGCGCCCCCGGCCCCUGGCUCUGGCGUGCCCCCAUCAACUCCAAGACCUCCCACCCUCACGCCGUCCCGCAGCCUUCUAGAAUGGAGAAGGAGGGUAAAGUCUGAGUACAUGCGCCUUCGCCAGUUAAAGCGCCUUAAAAAAGUCGAUGAGGUCAAGACCCUGUUCAUGUCCAACAGGCAAAAGAUUGAGCAGCAGACAAAUGUCCUGAACACAGAGUGGUCCAAGCUGAGGAUUCAGUCCAUCUCUGGUUCAACUGGAGCUCAGGCCAAUAAAAAGAUGUGUUCCGUGGAGUUUGGUUUCCCAGGAUUCAAACCUCAAGCCGUUGCCAUGAAACCGCUGUCAACGGUGGCAGGGAUCCCCUUCAUGUACUCGUGGUCACCUCUGCAGCACAACUUCAUGGUGGAGGAUGAGACGUUCCUCCACAACAUUCCUUACAUGGGUGACGAGGUGCUUGAGCAGGAUGAGGCCUUCCUGGAGGAGCUCAUAGACAACUAUGAUGGUGUCCAUGGUGAUAGAGAGGGGGGCUUCAUCAGCGACGAGAUCUUUAAGGAGCUAGUGGAAGCCUUGAGCCAGUACUCUGACCAUGAGGAUGAGGAUGAAGAGGAGGAGGCAGCAGUGGAGGUUACAGGGAAGAAAGAGGAAGAGAGGAUGAUGAGGAGGAGUUCAGCGGAGGGUUCAGAAGAGAGCAGAGCUGGAACAUUAACCAGGAGGAAAAAGAGGAGCACUGUUGAGGUGAGGGAUUUGUCCGGAAACAAAAGGAUUCCCAGCAACAAGAUUUUCACAGCCAUCGCCUCAAUGUUUCCCUACAAAGGCUCAACAGAGGAGCUGAAGGAAAAGUACAAGGAUCUCUUGGAGCCUCCAGGCCCGGUGAAGCUGCCCCCCCUCUGCACCCCCAACCUAGACGGACCUUUUGCAAAGUCUGUUCAGAGGGAGCAGUCGCUACACUCGUUCCACACCCUCUUCUGCAGACGUUGCUUCAAAUACGACUGUUUCCUCCAUCCUUUUCAUGCUACACCAAAUGUUUACAAGAGGAAGAGUAAGGAGAUCCGCAUGGAGACGGAACCAUGUGGUGAAGACUGUUUCCUGUUACAGCAAGGAGCGAAAGAGUUCUUGGAUCAGAAUGCGUUGCGGUCGCAGAGGUCUCGGAGGCGACGGAGGCAGCAGCGUCCCACCAGUUCUGGAUGUCCUGGACCCACUGGGUCUGCUGAGGACAGCAAGGAGGGUGACAGUGACCGUGAAACCACCUCCUCCUCAGAGGGGAAUUCCCGCAGCCAGACUCCCACCAAGCUACGUCCAGGGGAGGAUGACGGGGAGCAGCAGGCAUGCUGUGUGGUCCAGUGGAGUGGCGCAGAGGAGUCCCUGUUCAGGGUUCUGCACGGCACGUACUUCAACAACUUCUGCUCCAUCGCUCGUCUCAUCGGCACCAAGAACUGCAAACAGGUGUAUGAGUUUGCCGUCAAAGAGGCUCUGAUUCAUCGUGUUCCUCUGGAAGAUGGCGGCAUCUCGCCCCAAAAGAAGAAAAGGAAGCACAGAUUAUGGGCAAAAAUUCAGCUAAAGAAAGAUAACUCGUCCAAUCAGGUGUACAACUAUCAGCCAUGUGACCACCCGGACCACCCCUGCGACAGCUCCUGUCCUUGUGUGAUGACCCAGAAUUUUUGUGAGAAGUUCUGCCAGUGUGAGCCCGAAUGCCAGAACCGCUUCCCGGGCUGCCGAUGUAAGACCCAGUGCAACACCAAACAGUGUCCCUGCUACCUGGCUGUGAGGGAGUGCGACCCAGAUCUGUGCAUGACCUGCGGAGCUGCAGAACACUGGGAAAGCAAAGUGGUGUCCUGUAAGAACUGCGGCAUUCAGAGGGGCCUCAAAAAGCACUUAUUACUGGCUCCGUCAGAUGUUGCUGGGUGGGGAACGUUCAUCAAAGAGCCUGUUCAAAAGAAUGAAUUCAUCUCGGAGUACUGCGGAGAGCUGAUCUCCCAAGACGAGGCGGACCGACGUGGAAGGAUCUACGACAAAUACAUGUCUAGUUUUCUUUUCAACUUGAACAACGACUUUGUAGUAGAUGCCACUCGAAAGGGGAACAAAAUUCGCUUUGCAAAUCACUCCGUUAAUCCCAACUGUUAUGCUAAAGUUGUGAUGGUCAACGGAGAUCACCGUAUUGGAAUCUUUGCCAAACGAGCGAUCCUGCAAGGAGAAGAGCUCUUCUUUGACUACAGAUACAGCCAAGCCGACGCCCUCAAGUAUGUGGGGAUAGAGAGGGAGGUGGACUUGGCUUAGCUUUGCUGCUGUACUUAUAGACUGGCUUUGUUUCCACCUCUGUACGUUGUGCGAGCUUUGACAGCAGACAUAAUGUUGAUCAGUGAACUGCAUGAGCUGCCUGUUGGCAAACCAGUUAAACACGUUAAACGCUGCAUAAGCUUCAGUCGGAUGUGCAAUUAUUCAAUAUUCUAGUUGAUGUUACGCUCUGACUGGUCCUCGGAAAAAAUAUAUAUGUUCAGGUUUAACAGCCUGGUUUGUUUCUCUCUGAUUCGUUGCAGCGCCGCCUUAUCAAUGUGCAAAGUAACUCUGUGCAUUUACAUCAAUUAUUUAAAAAAAUAAGGCAACUAGUUGAGAACCGACUGACUGAAUGUAACUCGUAGAUGACAAAGAAGACAUCCCAUCCAUCAUUUCUUUUAUAUCUCGUUAUUGGUACGAAGAGCGAUGUGUAUGCAUUCAACUUUUAGCAUCGUGUGAACAGUCACAUCUGUAGACAAAUAGCAAAUAAACUAGCCACAGAUUAAGUGUCUUCCUUUAAAAUAAAAUAAAAAAAGUGCCAAACGAUUCCUCAUUAAAAUGCUACAUAUUUUGCAUGUUAGAUUUUGUUUGGUUACCGGAGCUUCGUUUAAUGUGUCUCUUUUCACAAUUAUAAUGAAAGUAAAAGCAAAAUUGUCAGUGCGUGACGAUGAAGUCGCCGUCAUGUGUAACAUGUCAUUCCUCAUGUGUAUCAUUUCAAAUCCACAUUAUUGUACGCUUGCUCAUUUAUCAAAGCCAACUACUUUCAGACGAGAUCUUUCUUGUGGAGCUGAAUAAAAUACGAGUUUAAUGCUGUGUACAGUGUAUUCCCAUAAAAAUAAAGGUCUAACUUUAUACAAUAUAAA